CAAGCUGAAAUGGAAAUAUUGGGAUUUAAUCAUGAAGCGGAAUGGUGUCAGCUCAUCAGGAAUUGGUACAGCGCAAUUGAUGAGGCAGGGGUUCCUAUUGACCUCAGGAUUGAUUGGAUGUUGGCAAUGAGAAAUAAACUGUUACCGUUCCUGAAAGUUGGACAUUUCCCGCCGCCUGGUGCAUAUGUUGCUAGUUUACCAUUGGCUCAGUUUGAAGGCCUUAUGAGCAAUGUCGACAGAAGAUUGCAGCUAUAUGACAUGGUUCAAACUGGAACAUACAACCAAAGAGCUAUCACCAGUCUGGAUUCUGAAACCUUUUUCUCUGGAUUUCAGGACUAUGACCCAAAGGGGACAGGCGUUUUAAGACCGGACGACAUCCCAUUAGCCCUAGGUUCUGCUGUAUACUUAUUUAGUCAAAGACUAAAUUCUGACCGCAAAUUUUACAUGAAGACAUCUAAAAAAUUACGAGUAUAUCCUGAACACAAGUUAGAUGAUCCUGAAUCAAUUUGUGAUAAAGGGAAUGAAACAAACGACACCAAUACAGAUACACACGAUAUUCAAGUAGGAUCUCAUUUCUUUGACAAAAUGGAGAGGAAGAGUAGUUGUCUAAAUAGGAAAAAGGGUAUUAUUUCAGAAUUUGGUGCUCCCGGUAGAGGUGCAGAGGGUGCAAGGUUAUAUCACAGGACUAACGAGGAACGUAUUUUAGCGCACAAAAGAUUUGGUUUGAAAGAUGAUGAUUUAACAGACAUCUAA